CACACCUGGAGAAAAGUCUUCCACGACAUGUCUGUUCCAAAAUCACGGAAGAAGUAUGGAAAAAGAGGGGGGACCAUGGUGUCCAACCUCAUCCUGCACGCCCUCUCCUCAUACGGGGGGGCGUCGGGCGUUUCCAUGGCCGGCCUCAGGAGGGUCCUGAAGGCCAAUGGCUACAACGUGACCAGGAACAGACGCACAAUCCGCCUCGCAGUCCGCAGGCUGCAUGCCAGAAAGUACAUCCUGCGCACCAGGGGCACAGGCGCCAGGGCCUCAUAUAAGAUCAAUCCUUACUCACCUCGCAGGAGGAGGAGGAUGGGGAGAGGAAGGAGGCAAGGAGGGAGGAGUACUAGCAGGAGUGUGAGCAGAAGGAGGGCGAGCAGAAGGAGGGCGAGCAGAAGGAGAGUUAGUAGAAGGAGAGUCACUAGAAGGAGAGUUAGUAGAAGGAGAGUGGGCAGAAGACCAAGGAGCAGAAGGAGAGUAAGGAGGAGGCGAAGGAGGAUGGUCAGAGUGAGGAGGAGGAGCAGGAGAAGGAGAACCAGGAGGCCUCGCCCCAGAAGAAGAAGACGCACUCCUAUGAGGAGGAGAGCCACUAGGAGGAGAGGGAGGAGGAGGAGAGUUGCACCGAGAAGGAUCAGAAGGGUCCGCAGAGCCAGGCAGAGGAGAGUCAGACCAAGGACAUACAGGAGAAGGAGGAGGAUGUAAGGCUCCUCAAGUCAUCCACAACUAACUGAUAGACUGUUUUUUUUUUUUAAUAUAUACUCAGAAAUGUAUUUUACUCCACCUGCUGUUUGAAAAACUGUCAUAUGUGUACAAAUAUAAUAUGACAAAAAAAAAAUAAAAAAGGUAU